AUGAGCCAUCAACGAUAUCCUUCGAUUGACCCCAAAGAACCACAUUCAGUCUCCUUAAAAGUCCUGAGACUCUCCCGACCCUCCCUCGUAGUUCAGCACCCCCUAAUCGCACCACUGUCCGCGCCAUCCGAUCAUGCGACGCCCAUACCCGCCUCCCUCGCGUACACCGCGACUAGCGACACGAAUCCAGAUUCGUUUCUGUUAACACCGAUCCUGAACCUGCCUCCCUCUUUCGGGUCUGCCUACAUCGGCGAGACGUUCAGCUGCACGUUAUGCGCCAACCACGAGGUCACGCCUAGCAUCGAAUCCCUAUCGGCUACGACGCCCUCCACCCCAAAAUCACCGCAAUUGACCCCAGCGCAGCCGCCACCCAAGAAGAAGUUCACGCGCGACGUGCGCAUCGAGGCCGAGAUGAAGACGCCGGGCUCGAGUGCGGUGCAGAAGCUCCCCCUGCUGCCCGCCGACCCGGCGCCCCCCGGUGGUAGUCCCGGCGGCGUCGGCACGGACCUCGACCCGGGCCAGACGCUGCAGAAGAUCGUUAAUUUCGACCUCAAGGAAGAAGGCAACCACGUCCUCGCCGUCACGGUGUCGUACUACGAGGCGACGGAGACGUCGGGGCGGACGCGCACGUUUCGGAAGCUGUACCAGUUUAUCUGCAAGGGGUCGCUGAUCGUGCGGACGAAGGUGGGGGCUCUGCCCGCUGCGGCUGGGGGUGGUGGUGGUGGUGCGGUUUCUGGCGAGGGGAAGAAUGGCGAGGGGAGGGGCGAGGGCAGACGCUGGGUCAUGGAGGCGCAGCUGGAAAACUGCUCCGAGGACGUCAUGCAACUCGAACGGGUAGGCUUAGAUCUGGAGCAGGGGCUCCGAUACCGCGACUGCAACUGGGACGUUAGUGGGAGUUCUAAGCCCGUGCUGCACCCGGGCGAGGUCGAGCAGUGCUGUUUUGUAGUCGAGGAGGUGGCGGACAAAGGUUCCCUGGUGGUGGAGGACGGACGGAUUGCGUUUGGCGUCCUGGGCAUCGGCUGGAGGGGCGAAAUGGGGAAUAAGGGCUUCUUGUCUACGGGCAAGCUGGGCACGAGGGCAUAG